UUAUUUUGAAAGUUGUUUACCGGAAGUCAUGGUUUUGCCUUGACUACCAUGACACCGGUGAGGUGAGCAGGCAGAAAUCAACGCCGAGGGAACUUUUUAAAACUACUGUGACGCCAGAAUGGAGGUAUCAAGGAGAAGAAUCCUCCAGAAACAUCUGGAGCCAGCGAGACCCCUGCGCCGCUGCAUCCAUGUUGACACUGAACCCAAAAUAAAUGCUGGUACAUGUGCACAGGCACUGAUGACGGAGGAGGAUCCUGAGACAACUAUUGGCAUAGAGCAGUUCUGCAAGAUUGUCAACCUCCACAAACAGAAAGGCAGAAUAUCUUACAACAGAGAUUUUUUAAUUGGUCUGGCAAGUUGUCCUGAGGCCAGGAAGAAGCCGCAAUUCUUGCCAGAGCACCCCAUAGUCCUAAUGGAGGCUAGAGAUCUUGCACACCUCAAGCUUCAUGAAAUGAAGUGGAAUGGAGGAAAAGAAGACAUGGUGGCAGAAAGGCUUCACUCACCUUGAAAAAUGUGCACAGGUUUUCACUACCUACAAAGAGUGUUUCUGUUUUAUUUACUUAUAGUUCUGUGUGAAUUUUAUUUAACUUGUGACUUUUGCAUGUUUAUUAUUUUUGAAUGAGACUGUUUUGAGGUGAAGUUGUACAAAGUCAUAAUACGAAACACCUUAAGUAUGAGUAUUGCAUUUUGCUUACAUUUUCUGCUGUGGAAGAUUUUGGCUAGAGUGAAGUAUUUACAUUUGGUAAAAAUGUUUUAAACAUAGCAUAUUAAUGGCUACUUGUCAGCUGUGGUGGUAAUGUUUCGUUUAAAGAAACUGGUGGCAGGGGGGAUUAAUGCCAUUUAAUGCAGACUCAACUCAUCAUAAUAGAGUCAUAAAACAAACCCUACCUGAAGUGACGGUGGUCAAAAGAACGUUUCUCAUCAGCUGUUUUAGAGCAGCAUUGUGAUUUAACGUGUCUUACUAAACAUGUUAACUCUGAUAAAGGAAUGUUUGGCCCAACAGUUUUGUGUGUUGAUCUUUUCUUUCUUGCAUGUAAUUAAAGCUUUAAGCUGCAAUAAUGAAUAUUGUAUCAAAUAACUAUGUGUAAUAUGUGAAAGAUCUUGCUCAACAAAUGUAACGCAACUCCGCGGUACUCUGUUUUAUGGAGUAUUUUAGUGUUAGGAUUAUUGUUUUUGGUUUUCUGCUCCACCCUUAACCUCAAUUCCUGCCUCAGCUACCAGCUGU